CAACAAAAUAUCUUAUUUCCUCAGAGACAGAAGGUACCUAGUCAUAAUUGACGAUAUAUGGGAUUGGGGAGAAUGGGAAAUCAUCAACAAAUCUCUUCCAGAGAACAAUCUAGGCAGUAGAAUUAUCACAACAACUCGUGUUAAUUCUAUUUCCGAGAAAUGGCGGUGUUAUUCUAAAACCCGUCUCCACAAAAUGGAUCUUCAAUAUCAAGGACAAAUAUGGGAGUAUGAUACUGAUGUUGAUGUUGGCUCUCGGAUGAUUGCUAUGAAGGCUGAAAUGGAUGGCGAAGGUUUUGACUAUGAGCAUGCUGCAGUGUGCAUGUGUGGUGGUGUGCCAUUACCACUAGUUUGCAUGUUUUCAGUGGUGGCAAUGGAGGUAGAGCAACAACAACAAAAAGGGAACUGUGUAGAUCUAUCUGAUGUGCUCGAUACCAUAGCAGAGCAAGUUGCGCACCGUGGAAUUCAGAAUAUUCCAGGGUUCGCACCAUUGGUAGAGAGUUUACAGCUUGGCUAUGAUAAUCUUCCUAAUCAAAUGUUGAAAACUUGCUUGUUGUACUGCAGCAUAUACCCCGAGGGUUACGGUUUUAAAAGAGAUGAUUGUGUCAGGGAAUGGAUGGCCCAAGGAUUUGUAUCUAGAGAGGAGGCAGCCAGAGGUUACUUUGAAGAGCUUGCUGAUAGGGGACUGAUCAUGGGGACAGAUGACGAGGCUGUAUACAGAAUGCAUCCCAUGAUGCGAAAUUUCCUUGGACGGAAAUCAAGUGAAGAUAAUUUCAUCACAUUUAGUUCCCACAUUUUUCUAUCCUCGUAUGCCUGUCGAAUCCGUCGACUAUCUGUUGACUAUUGGCCAAGCCUUGAUGGAGAUAAUACCUUGCCAGGGAUAGAUUGGUCAAGCAUUCGGUCACUGGUUGUUUUUGAAGAUACCAAUAACGUCCCGUGGGAGAAGUUGAAACUCCUACGAGUCUUAGACCUUCAAUGCAAGCAAACUCUAGAAGAAGAUCGUCUCAUGGAUGUUAGUGGACUGCUCCGUCUGAGGCAUCUGUUAGGCCUCUGUGGGGUCCCACAAGAAAUAGCGUGUCUGAAGCAUCUGGAGACACUGGAAUUCGGUACAGUAGAGGUGGAACAACUACCCGAUGAGGUCUGGCACCUGCAAAAUUUGAAGACUCUCGACGUAAGGUCAACAGGUAUCACAGAGCUGCCUAGUGAGGUCGGGAAGCUGCAGAAUUUGGAGACUCUGGACGUAAGCUCAACAAGUAUCACAGAGCUGCCUAGUGAGGUCGGGAAGCUGCAGAAUUUGAAGACUCUGGACUUAAGCUCAACGGGUAUCACCGAGCUGCCUAGUGAGAUCGGACAGCUGCAGCAACUGAAGAGCUUGUUCCUGGCUGGGAUAGAGCUUACAAAGCUACCCAGUGAGAUCAGGAAGCUCCAGCACUUGGAGACUCUGGAUUUGUCUGGCACAGAUAUCCAGGAGCUGCCUGGUGGGAUCGGGGAGCUGCGGAGUCUGGAGCGACUACUCAUGAAUCGUUCACUAGUGCGCAAGGUACCAAAAGAGAUAAGAAGGCUUAAGAAACUCAAGAUUUUACAACCAGGAGUUACCAAACUCACUCUACCAUGGGAACUUGGGAAGCUUACAGAACUGGCAGGAUUGCCCGAGUGCGCCCGCCAAGGUUGGAAGAGGAGUGAUCUGAUGUCUUUGCUAGACGGGCAGAUCCUGACCUUCCCAAUGGCUGCUUCGAUCUGGGAUAGAGCCUUUGAAGAGGGCCUAACUGUUGAGAGUAUACAUGUGCACGUCCCGCUGUGGAUCAAGGAUCACUUGAACUACCUCACCUACCUGGAUAUCAGGAUCUGCAAGCUACAAGAGGAGGGUCUCAAGAUUCUUCAGGAGAUGCCAAACCUGUCCAUUCUCCAUCUAAGGUUCGAGGUCGUCCCGAGAGAGACAGUAGCCAUCAGCGGUGGAGGGUUCAGAAGCCUCAACGUUUUCUAUGUUCACAGCCGCAUGCCACGGGUUAUCUUCCAGAAAGGAGCUAUGCCGAUGCUGCAUGGCCUUUCGUUCAUCUUCGGGUUCUACGCUGGCCAAACGAAUAAAGACCCUGUCGGUAUCAAGCACCUCGCGAGCAUCGAGUCGGUCAGCUUCGACUGCAACGAUUGGUACCGAGAAGACAGCCCCUGCAUUAUCGCGAUGAUAGAGGCAGUAGCAAAAGAAGCCCGGGAGCAUCCCAAUUUUAUCAUGUUUUUCCCCGAAUCAUUUUCUUGA